AUUAAAGGGUUGAUAGCAGCAACACUCACACCAUUUGAUGAUGGUGGGGAGCUGAAUUUAAGUGUGAUAGAGGUGUAUGCACAGCACUUACAAAAUGAGAAUGUAAAAGGUUUAUUUGUUGCUGGGACAACUGGGGAAAGCACUUUAUUGACAGUGGAAGAGAGGAAGAUACUUGCUGAGAAGUGGAUUGAAGUAGGAAAAGACAGAUUUGAACACAUAAUAAUACAUGUUGGAACCUCAAACUUAAAAGACUCACAAGAACUGGCGAGACAUUCUGAAAACAACAGAGCGACAGCAAUCGCUCUGAUGGCCACGAGUUUCUUCACUCCCAAGUCUGUAGAUGAUCUAGUAGAGUAUGUUCGUCUUGUAGCAGAUUGUGCACCAAAUACACCACUAUUUUAUUAUCAUAUACCAGCUUGGACUCAUAUUCCAUUUCUGAUGGAAGAUUUUCUAAAAGCUGCCAUUCCCAAGAUUCCGACCUUAGCGGGUGUGAAGUUCACAAGUGGUGAUAUGUUUGACCUGGGCCGCUGUCUCAUCCUCGAAGAUCAAAGAUUUUCGAUUAUGUUUGGCGGUGAUGAGAUUCUUAUAAGUGCCUUAGCCAUGGGAGCUUGUGCUUCCGUUGGAGGAACGUAUAACUUUGCCGGCAAGCUCCACUUUCGGAUCAUGGAUGCUUUUGACAAAGGCGAUAUGGAAACAGCGAGAUCGGAGCAGUAUCGGUCUCAAGCAAUGGUGAAGUUAUACUGUAAGUACGGAGGCCAUGCUGGCGUCGGCAAAGCCAUAAUGAGAUUCCUUGGCUUAGACCUAGGACCUGCUCGUUCACCCCUCUCUCUGAGUGAGAGCCAAGAAGCACAAUUAAGGGACGAACUGGGAAAUAUUGGAUUCUUUACUUGGCGUUAGAAGAAAGAAUAGCCCUCCAGUUAACCAUCUCUAUUACUAUUUUAAUUACCAUCUUUAUCAAUAUCAGUUUUACUAACCGAGUUCGAGGUCCGUUUUCACGAUUGUAAUUAACUUACGGACUGAAUUUUUUCUGCUGGAAAAAAAGAAAACAGGUUCCGUAACUUAAAUUACGAAUCGAGAAAACGAAGGAAGACAUAUAUUUUUUUAUAUCUCUGGGUUCAAAUAGAGGGGGAAGAGUUAAUUCAAAAAAUUCUUUUAUAUUUAAUGGGCUGCACAGUGAAAUACAGCCCGCAAAAUUGACCAGUCACUGAGAGAUAUUCUAAUUUAAGAUACUUCAAUUCACAUUAUUUUCCUAUGAUCUUGCAUAAAUUAUAUAUAUAACAAACGAAGUUAGAACACAAGACAACAACUGUAAUAUUUCUAUAACUUUUAUUUCAAAAUAUGUGACUUUCUUCGGAACCUGUGUGUCUGAUUAUAUCUCAGUUUUUAAAUAGGACCUAUUCCUGCAUGCAACUAUUCAAAGGAGGCUUAUUCAUGUUUCACUGCUCAAACAGAUUUUGUUCAUACUAAUUUACGAACAUUAGCUUGUAACCUUCAGGAGUUGAAGUUCUUGUAACAAGUACACUAUUUUACUUUUUGCUUUAUAAAAUACUUUCGUGUAAUCUUUCCUAAAGUGGAAAGCAAAACGCACAUUAAGAGGAAUCAAUAGUAAAAUGAAUUUUUGUAAACGA